AUGGCCAAAUUUCAAGGAUCGAUCGUCAUGCUGGUGGCACAUUUCCUUCUCCUGCUGGGUCUCUCAGCAUCCCUCGUCAACGCCAUCCCCGUGGCGUCCUCAACAAGUGACCUCGAUGUGUCUGUCUCAAAGCGUGCGGGCUCGGGAUAUUGGGUGGGCGACAUCAAGCGACAAGGGACUGUUCCAUUUGCAAAGUCCGCCGACUACAAGAUCUUCAGAAAUGUCAAGGAUUUUGGCGCCAAAGGUGACGGAUCCACAGACGACACGGUUGCGAUCAACGAGGCCAUCUCAUCCGGAGGACGUUGUGGCAAAGGCUGCGAUUCGUCCACCAUCACGCCUGCUCUGGUUUAUUUCCCCCCAGGAACGUACGUUGUGUCUAAGCCUAUCAUCCAGUACUACUACACCCAAAUCGUGGGUGAUGCAGUGGAUCUGCCCGUCAUCAAGGCUGCAGCCUCAUUCACUGGCAUGGCUGUCAUCGACUCCGAUCCGUAUGAAGACGACGGCGCUAGCUGGUACACCAACCAAAACAACUUCUUCCGUGCCAUCCGCAACCUCGUCAUCGACCUCAGGGGGAUGCCUUCAAGUGCGGGUGCCGGUAUUCAUUGGCAGGUCGGCCAGGCCACAAGUUUGCAAAACAUUCGAUUCGAAAUGAUCAAGGGCGGUGGAUCCGCCAACAAACAGCAAGGUAUCUUCAUGGACAACGGCUCAGGUGGUUUCAUGUCCGAUCUUACUUUCAACGGUGGCAACUACGGUAUGUUCUUGGGUAACCAGCAGUUCACGACUCGUAACCUGGUCUUCAACGGUUGUCAGACCGCCAUCUUCAUGAAUUGGAACUGGGCUUGGACCUUUAAAUCACUCAGCAUCAACGACUGCCAAGUUGGUUUGAACAUGUCAAACUCCCCGUCAAAUCAAACCGUCGGAUCCGUCAUGAUGCUGGACAGCAAAUUCAAGAACACACCCACGGGAAUUGUCACCGCUUGGACUCAGAAGAGCAUUCCUGUGGGCGGAGGCACCCUCGUUCUCGACAAUGUUGACUUUUCUGGCUCCCAAGUUGCCGUGGCUGGUCACACAGGCAACACCAUUUUGGCUGGUGGUACUGUAGUCGAGAGCUGGGUGCAGGGAAAUACUCAUUCCCCUUCAACUGGUGUUCAGAAGCGGGCUUUGAGCGCUGAAACCACCAGCAAUGAUAACAACGAUGUUAGCAACAACAAAGGUCCAGAAGCCAGUCACAUUGAUGGCCCUGUGACUGCCGCCAAUAACAGCGCCGAAACGGUGACAAUAGUCCAAACUGUGGUUGAGACUGUCACGGCUUGUCCUAAUAAUCCCAGUGUCGGCACUUUGGCUCCUCGCCCUGUCGGGAGCUCUAGCGCAUCGUCUAUUCCUUUCUUCCCUUCGGAUGCAGGCUCGGGCGAUCGCAUUGGACCGAUUACGUCUCUUCCUGGUCCAGCGGCUUCUGGUGUUCCGGGGAUUGUCAACGGCUUGCUUUCGGUGCUCACUGGAGUUGCGGGUGGAUCAGGCGCUGUUCCUCUUCCCACUGGUCUUCCUCCCAUCGCCAGUCCUGUCUCCGAUUUACCGUCGCCUGAGCCAACUGAGUCAUCUCCGGCUGAUGAACCUUUGGAGCCCGAGUCUACUGCAGGAAUUUCGGGUGCCAGUCAAGCCAUGUCCAUUCCUGAGUACUCUUCCAACCCUGUCGCAACAAACCAAGCUUCGCCAACUGUCCCGGUUCCCGAUGCCAGUCAGCCCACUGCUACCCCCAGCAGCUCCAACGUGGUCAUUUCCCAAGGAACCAACUCGGGGUCUUGCAAGCAAGACAAUGCACAGGUGCUCACUGCCGCGCGUACCCAGGGAAACAUGAAAGUCAGCGCGAAACCCAGUGAUCUCCUGGUUGGCGGAGCCGUCUUUGAGCGAUCCAAGCCACUUUAUGAGUCGGUUCCUGCAUCCUCCUUCGUCAGCGUCAAGUCAGCUGGUGCCAAAGGUGACGGGGUCACUGAUGACACUGCUGCGCUCCAAAAGAUCCUCGAUAGCGCUACGAGCGACCAGAUCGUGUACUUCGACCACGGUGCCUAUGUCAUCACUUCCACGCUGAACGUUCCCAAAAACAUCAAGAUGACGGGUGAAAUCUGGCCUAUGAUCAUGGCGCAUGGGCCCAACUUCCAAGACGAGCAGAACCCCAUUCCAGCUGUCCAAAUUGGUCAGAAAGGCGAUGUUGGAUCCGUCGAAAUGAGCGACCUGAUCAUUACUACCAAGGGUGCCGCUCCAGGCGCGAUUCUCAUGGAGUGGAACGUGGCUGCUGCCUCACAGGGAUCAACUGGUAUGUGGGAUGUCCACAUCCGUAUCGGCGGUGCUGCUGGUACUGGUCUUCAGAGUGACACCUGCCCCAAGACGCCGCAGGCGCAAACUACCCCGAAGCCGGAGUGUAUCGCUGCGUUCAUGCUCCUUCACAUCACCGAGAAGGCCAGUGCCUACAUUGAGAAUGCUUGGAUGUGGACGGCAGACCAUGAGCUUGAUCUGCCCGAUUUCUCUCAGAUCAAUGUCUACACGGGUCGAGGUGUGUUGGUUGAGUCCCAAGGGCCUGUUUGGCUCUGGGGCACCGCGUCCGAGCACCAUCAGCUCUACAAUUACCAGGUGACGAACGCGGCGAAUGUGUUCAUGGGCUUGAUUCAAACGGAGACUCCUUACUACCAGUCCAACCCUACGUCAUUGGUGCCCUUCACCCCCCAGAAGUCUUGGAAUGACCCCGAUUUCUCGAAUUGUACUACUGCCUCCUGCAAGAAAUCGUGGGGUCUCCGUGUUGUGAACACGUCCGACUUGUUCAUUUACGGUGCCGGUCUGUACAGUUUCUUUGAGAACUAUGCUCAGAGCUGCCUGAAUACGGAGGACUGCCAGGAGAAUAUGGUAGAGAUUGACUGCUCCAAGGUCCACAUCUAUGGCCUCAACACCAAGGCAGCCGUGAAUAUGGUGACUUCCUCGUCUGGCCAGGGCCUUGUCCAACAGCAGCCGAAUCGGAGCAACUUUUGCUCGACCAUCGGACUGUUUGAACAGACUGAUUAA